UACGCUUAUGUCCCGCGUUUUCUGAUUCAUGAACACACCAACGAGGACCAAACAAAACAACAAUUGACUCGAGCUUCUUUCUAACAAUUACAACGCAACAGUUAAUUAUUAAAAAUGAUUAACAGAAUAAUUUCAAUAACAUUUUGCACUGGAGUUGGAGUACUUACAACAGAAUUAUGCUGGAGAUUGUGGAGAAGUUAUAAAAAAGCUAAAGCUUGUCAAGAAGAGCAGGAUGAAAAUAAUAAAUUGAUAAGUGAGGUAUUUUUUUUUGCUGAAGAUUCUAUGGGGUGCCGAUCACAUGCGUCGAGGAAGAAAGCAUGUGGUUCAAGAUGUCCAAUUAAUUGUAUCAAUCGCAUAAUCUAUUAUAUGGACAACGCAAAGAAGACCCUAGAUGUCUGUAUGUACAUCGUAACAUGCCAGGAAAUAAUAAAUGCGAUUUCUCGAGCUCACAAGAGGAAAGUUAAUGUCCGAGUUAUCGCUGAUGCUAGUAUGUCAGAAAAUUCGGCUUGUGGAGAUCAAUUAACACGAUUGAGACGUACAGGCAUUAAAGUGAGGAUACAACGAUCAAAGGCGUCAUUAAUGCAUCAUAAAUUCACAGUGAGUGAUAAACAUACUUUGAUUUACGGCAGCACUAACUGGACAAUGCAAGCUUUCUUCGGUAACUACGAUGGAAUUAUUAUGACUAACCAGAAGCAGCUCGUCGAGCCGUUUAAUGACGAGUUUGACAGAAUAUGGGAAAAGCUGAAGUAAAACAUAAAAGCUUAUUAUUAAAAUAAUUCUGACAUUUAUCUAAUAAUAGUACUAAAAAUGAUCGUUAAAUAUCAGAUAAAAGUCAAACUUUUUACUCGUUUUAACUGACAUAACAUAAAAUAUAUCAAGCCAACGCGCUAGUUUUCUAUUUUACGCUCACAAUUUUCAAGUUGAUAAACAUAAUAUAAUUUUAGAUACAAAUUUUUAUAUCUUUGGAUUAAUAUUUUAUAGAACUAAUCAAAUAUUCAUUGCAUUAAUUAUUAGAGUUUAAAUAACUACUGGAUGGUUAAUCAUGAUAAAUUUAUAACAAAUUAAAAAUAAAAUAUAAUUUCCUACUCCAACGGAUGUAGUAUAAUUAUAAACGUAUUUAAAAAUUAACAGUUGAUAUCAUUUAGACGGAUAUUCAGCAUCACCGGUUACUGGUACAUUUACCUCAAUAUUUUUAGUAAUCUGAUAAAAUACUGAUAAAUAUAUAUUUAGUACAAGUUAAGUAAUUUUAAGAUCUUAAAAUCAUUUCUCGACACGAUGUGUGUCCAUUAUUAUAACAGUAUUACGAGAUGAACUUGAAAAAUAUUUGUGUAAGCAUAGGCCAGUUGCGUGGGUUACUUGUGUUUAAAUGUACGUGCAAAAAUACCCACACGAUUUGUUAUUAAUAACCGUAUUAAAUAUAUAUAACCCAUUAAUUUAAUAGCUUAUUUUUGGGUUUAUCGAGCGUGAAAGAAACUAAUAGAAGAAAUAGCAAGUUUUUUAAGUGAAACUUCUUUA